AUGGUUGCGAAGUCUCUAAAAGAACCAGCUCAAGUAUUCUCCGAGACGUUCGUCAACGGCCCGAACAAGAUUUCUUCCUCAGAUCCUGCUUUGGUGCUCAGCACUAGGCCUGGCCCUUCUCGUCUUCUUCUCGACGCCCACGAUAAGCCGCGCCGCAUACUCAACGCACACUGGAAUUCGUCUCUUGUAACCGUAUCUAUGCGCGGUUUCGUCGAGAGCCUGGGUAUGCCUAACCUGGUGCUCCAGCAUAACUUACGUAGGCCAACUGCCCCAACUCAAGAGUCCGUUGAUGACGCGUGUAUACUUCACGCGGGUGAUACGUCAGUCGUCGUUCUGGCCCAUGCACGUGAAGAGAAACAAAUCUCGUACUUGACAUUUCAAACCUCCAGGGGAACAAAUUUUCGCGUUGUCAAUCGUCCUUGGAAUAGGACCAAGAAGGGAGGGGCGAGUGUUGUGUCGACAAUGUUGCAACCACUUAUGUUUACCAGUGGAGGUCAUGAUCAUGCCGUUCAUAUUUGGAAAAUUUCCCCUGAUUUUAUGGGCGUCUCCUCGACACUUUUGGCAAUUAAGCACACAUCUGUGAUCCAGUCCCUUCUUCCCAUUCGUGACACUAGUCACAAACUCAUAUCCGCUGGUGCGGAUUGCAGUGUCCAUUUAUGGGACCUAUCUCCGGAACGUGUUGUACAUACAUUCAAGACAUCCAAUUCUCCGUAUCACGCACAUAAGACGGAGUCACCUUUCUGCACCUUACUUGAGGUUGGCCAUCGAGAUCUGCAAUUCGAGCUUCGUGAUCAUCGUAUGGUUCCGGAGCAUCCUGCUGAACGCUUUGGCUUUUUCACGACCGAGUUGCAUGGUCGUUUCAUCAAAGGAGAUACUUGGUCUCACUUUUUCGCCUCGGGAAGCCGCAAUGGUAGUGUGCGUCUCUGGGACUUGCGCAAUGUUCGGGAGCAACUUGCAUCCGUCUCGUGUUUCAGCAAUGACCAGGUGGUGCAGGUAUUGAAGACGGAGUCUGACCUGUUGGCUUUUUCAAAACGCGGUGAUGUGAUAACAUUGAAUCACAAAUAA